CGUAGUCUGAGGAAAGGGGGUGUUUUCCUGUAGAUUAUUUUGCUUUGGCCAUUCUAGAAAUGUUUUUGCCUGUUACUCUUCCCUCCUUGGAUCUUCUGUUACUUUGUUAACGCUGUAUGGAUAGUAAAACAUCAACCACUUACCUCUCGCGCUCAAAAGUAGUGCCUUAAAUCUCACGGCCUUCCUUCUCUUGAUUUCGGCCGUAGGCGCGUUGCCUCAUGAUCUGAAGAAUGAAUGCUUCUCCCCAUCAGCUGUCCCAGAACGAGGGAGGCAGGGAAAUCAGUGUCAGUGGAACAUUACAAUCUCCUUCUGGGCAAAUAGUAAGACCUAUUUUAACACGAGGACCUGUAUCAUCUCCUAGUGUUGCCACAACUACAGCUAAUGGUAGAGGCUACCCUGUGGUAUACCUGAAAAUGCAGCAAAGAGAGCAAAUAGUGCCUGUUGUAAGCAGAUCAGGCAACUUGAUCACUACUGGCUCCAAAAUAUCUACAGCUCCAAGUGGAAACAUAUCAUUGCCCCCAGGAAACCAAUCAGGCUUUGUGACAAUUCAAGGGCCUAUUAGGUCUGUUUCUCAAACCUCUAACACCCAGACCUCUCAGCCACACAUAAUAACACUGCCUAAAGUUGCUAACACAACUUUAGCCCUCUCCAAUCAGCAGCUGUAUGCUCUGCAAAGUGUUUCUGGUUCUAAUCAGGCAGCCCCUGUCCAGCAACAGCAAUAUGUUACAAUUCAGGCCCCAAUUGUAUCCAAAACACAACAAAGUUCAGCCGCAUUAAACACUCAAGUGCAGCCGCAAUAUGUAACAAUACGCACCCCUGUACUUGCUCAAUCUAGCAGUGGUGCAAGUUCAUCACCCCAAAGCCAGUACUUGACAAUCCAAGCCCCUGUAGUCCAGUCAAGUGGGCAAAAUACUCAAUCGCCUACAGCUACUUAUUUACCUGUAUCUUCUGUUGGGCAAGCAGUUGGGCAAGUAAAAUCUCCUGUAACUUAUCAGGUUCUCAAGUCAAAUGUUAAACCUGAUGUGAAUGUUGUUUAUCCAGUUUCUGUUUCCAACAUUGUGCCAUCAAAUCAACAGAAAAUGAUUUUUACUCCAGUUUCAAUGAUGCCAAAGAUUGUAGCUGGAAGCAACUCUAUAACUGUCCAAGCAGGCUCAGAAUUAGUUUCCAGUGGUUUGAAGCUUAGCACAAACCCUCAAUAUUCAACAAAAAUAAUUAAUAGCACUGCAGUUAAUGUUCUUCAAGGCAAAUCUGUUCAAACAUUAUCUAUUCGUAAGGAUGGAACUGUAGUACCCUCUGUUGAAGGAGUAUCAACUUCCAUUAAUCAGCCAAAGGUUUUAAUGCCUAUGGGGGUAUCUGUUUCAAAUUCUUCCUCCAUAAACUCAUCUCAAGGUUUCAUAAACCUAACCAUAGCCAAUGGCCACAUUCAGCCUGGUAGUGCUUCAUUCCCAGGUUCUAAAAUAGGGCAGAAGAAUCCACGCGUUGAGAGAAUUCAUGUGAAUGAUGGAUCUGACCUUGCUGCUGAACGGCCCAAACAAUCAGUGACUCCAAGAAGUAGUGAAAAUUCAGUAGAUUCUGCCACGCAAGACCAAACAGUAGAGGUGUCUAAACAGUCUAGCUCAAUGAAUGAGGUCAUUGACAUCAAUUCGCUUCUUUUAUCUGGCGGUUCCAUCAGAAAUGAAGGCCCAUCUAUUCAAGCUGAUAACUGCUUCGACUUAGCAAUUUCAGAAAGUAGUGUAGCUGAGUCAAAAGUUCAAGGCAAAACUACUGAGCUGUUAAACCAGGAAGAGACACACAAUGAAAGUCCUGCCUCUCCAAUCAAUCUCUUUUGUGAAGAGGGUGAUCUUGCAAAUUCUCCUCCAAAUGAACCCCCUCAUCAUAGAUAUACAAUUACAAUGACAGAUAAUCCAGAAGACGAUAUAAAAAUACAGCAAGUUCCAGACGAUGGACCAGCAACCACUGCCAACACGUCUCAGUUGGAAUGUAGCCCCAAAACGUCUGUAAAUUCACAGAAGCCCUUGUUGAAAAAGACCUCUCCAAAGCUACUGACAAAGGCAAACCCAUCCUCCAAAGGGCAGUCACUUUUGAGGAAUCCUGCUGCGACAACAUCAUCUCCUAAGACAGCCAAGCCUCCCACUAAAGUCGGAGUGAAAUCAAUUUUAAAGCCACAGACCAAUAAAAAACCUGAAAUUAAGACUGAAGUUCCUGAAAUUGGAAAUGACAGUAUGGAUGCAUUGAAUUCUGACACAAAAGACUCACUUGAUUGUCCAAUCUCACCUUUAACUCCUUCAUCUUUUGAUGAAUUUGAUGCUUCUGCUGCUUUAGAAUGGAAAAAUGGGGUUGGGCUCCUUCCUGGAAGCAACUUGAAGUUCCGCAUGAAUGAGUUUGGUUUGAUGGAAAUGGUAAGUGAUGACGAUGACAAGUCAGGAAAGAAAGGAACUGAUAAGGACACAAAUUCAGACAGUGAAGGUCUCAUGAUAGAUGAGGGCAGCAACAGUAGUGUGGAAUGCAAGCCCAACCCAGACAUAAAAGAGAAAAAAGAUGUGGCUUCCGAUGAAGUAUACUGCUGUGAGACAUGCAAUGUAUAUGGUUUGGCAUCAGAAUUUCUCAGUGAUCGUUUUUGCACUCAAGCGUGCUCAGCGGCAUUUACUGUCAAAAAGGCUUGGCAGUACAGACGUGAACAGGACUUGAGAGCAUUACGUUUAAGACGGAAAAAGCGCCGUCUUGAAGCUCAAAGACAAGCAAGAGAAAAGGCAGAGCAAGCAUCACAAGACAAUGAUGGGAAAAGUGGCACACCCCAAAUUGUGUCCAAGCUUAUGAAGAAGUUCAAAACAACCACUCAAGAAAGUAUGUCAGAUGGGGAUGACAGUGUCGAGGAUCCUGUAUCCAUGGAUUCAAACAUGCCUAUAUCUCCCUCGCCUAGCUUUAAUUCUGAUAAGUCUCAACAGCAAAUUGAUGGACUCCAUGAUGAUGCAGGAAAAAAAUUUUCCAAGCAUAAAGCAACAUCUAAUUUUACUUGGUCUAAGUAUCUCGAUAUGGUUAAAGCUAAAGCAGCGCCCUCUAAGCUAUUCAAAGACCCUUUCCCAUUUGGUAAAAAUGGCUUCAAAGCUGGAAUGAAACUAGAAGGUAUAGAUCCUGAGCAUCCAGCUUGUUUCUGUGUCUUAACUGUUGCUGAAGUGAAAGGUUAUCGCCUAAGAUUACACUUUGACGGGUACCCAGAUAAUUACGAUUUUUGGGUGAAUGCUGAUUCACCAGAAAUAUUCCAACCAGGUUGGUGUGAGAAGAAUGGGCGCCCAUUAACACCACCUAAAGGAUACCAAACAUUUAACUGGACUUCUUAUCUCAAGUCAUGCAAAGCAAUAGCUGCACCUAAAAUUCUUUUCAGCAAUAAAAGCUCUGCAAGUAGUGUUUGUCCAAACAGCUUUAGAACAGGAAUGAAACUAGAAGCAGUUGAUAAAAAAAACUCAUCCCUAGUUUGUGUUGCAUCUAUAUCCGAUGUUGUUGAUGGGCGGUGUUUAAUUCACUUUGACUCAUGGGAUGAUAUGUAUGAUUACUGGGCUGACCCAUCAUCACCUUAUGUUCACCCCAUUGGAUGGUGCCGAGAUCAUGGAGUUACAUUAACUCCUCCAAACCAGUACAAAGAUCCAAGUGUGUUCUCAUGGGACAAAUAUCUUAAAGAAACAAAAACCCAGGCAGCACCAGCUAGGGCUUUCAAACAAAGAUCUGCCAAUGGUUUCCGACGUGGUAUGCGUCUUGAAGCUGUUGAUAAGAGAGUACCUCAUCUCAUUCGAGUAGCAACAGUUGAUGAUGUACGUGAUCACACUAUUCGCAUUCGUUUUGAUGGCUGGCCAGAUCAAUACAGUUAUUGGGUUGAUGAUGAUAGCCCAGAUAUUCACCCAGCAGGAUGGUGUCUAGAAACAAAGCACCCAUUAGAGCCUCCUCUGAGUGAAGAAGAUAUGAAAGUUACAGCAAGGUGCGGCAUUCCAGGGUGCAAAGGUGAAGGCCAUAUCAAAGGGUCUAGAUAUUCUUGUCAUAUCACUCCUCAAAACUGCCCUUACGCACCUGAAAAUCUCCACAAAGAUGCUCAUUUACCUGACAGAAUGACAAGUGGCAAUGACAGCUUAGGUCUUGAAGAAUCUCCUAAUUUAUCACAUUCAGAAAAGGGAGACUAUAGGAAGCCCAUGACUCGGCCACCUAGAUGGAAACGUCUUCUGAAUGAUGGAGAAGAUAGAGAAGUGAAGAGGCAAAGAUUAUCAGAUGAAGAUGAUGAGUUUGGAAACAAGCCAUCUUUAAUUUUGAGUAUGCAGCAGAAGCUUCAAUCAGAAUUAGAACGGUCUGUUGUUGAUCCUGGAUACCAGCUGGAGUCAGGCCCUGGUAGACCAGCAUUAUGGGUGAAGCAUUCACAGCCCCUGCAUGAUUCACCUAUGAUAAGAGAUGCUGUGAACCCUCAAUCCUGGACAAUUGAAGAUGUUCUUGAGUUUUUGUCAUCAAUACCUUGUCUAGAAGUUUAUGGAAGAGUGUUUAAAGAGCAGGAUGUUGAUGGAGAGGCAUUACUAAUGCUCACUCAAACUGAGUUAGUUCAUAACAUGAAACUAAAAUUAGGACAUGCAAUAAGGUUGUACAAUUGUAUUGUGAUUCUAAGACAGAAGUGCAUUUAAUAGUAACUUGAUAUUAUUGUUAUGAUUAUUGUUCAUUCAUUCAUGUACUAUUCAUGAAAAUAUACCAUUUGUUUGGACUCACACUGUACAGUUUUGUAAAUGAUAAUGUUAUUGUUAGUUAUUAGGUUUCUAAGAAAGCAAUUAGGGGGUAAGAUUGCUGUGAGUCUUUUGGGGAGAAUAAUUUAGAACUGUUAUUUGUAUAUUGUUUAUUUGUGAAAUUUACAUGAAUUUUUUGUCAUGUUAAAUUUGUACGCUGUUAUAUAUAUAUUUGCAUGUGCUCAAAGGAACUUUGAUUCACAAUAAUAAUGACAGUGCCCGCAUAAA